AUGUCAUCCAACAAUAGCACAAGCAUUUCUUUAGCACUCUUUCAACUUCAAAGGGAUUUUCGAUAUUCAAGUCUUAUUUUAGGGUUUCUUCUACUGAUCGGUGGUGUAUUAGGACAUAUUCUUAAUAUCACAGUCUUCAUUAAAGUUGAAAAUUACAAGAACAAUGCAUGUUCACUUUACAUGUUUGUUCGGACUUUUCAUGAUAUUAACAUACUUCUUGGUGGUCUAGCUACUCGAAUUCUUGCUACUGGCUUUCACGUAGAUUUUACUUUAGUGAAUCGAAUUUGGUGUAAAACUCGCUCAGGUUUUAUCGAUAUUAAUACCGAAACUAUAUAUACUUUGAUUUGCUUACAAGCUAUUGAUAUAUUUAUUUGUUCUUCUCCAUCAGUUGGUGUACGACAAAAGAGUAAUAUUCGAACAGCAGGAUAUUUAGUCAUUGGUACUGUUUGUUUUUGUUGUAUUCAUGAGAUACCCUACUUUAUCUUUCAAGAUCUUGUUAUCGUAGGUGGUACCCCUAUUUUUUUAGACACAGCCUAA